AUGACCGGUUACUGGCCGAUCGGCAAAACGUCUGCGUCCGCCAUCACAAUUGCUGUGGACAAAAUUAACAAGGAUCCCACGCUACUGUUGGGCUAUAACAUGAGUUUCUUGUGGAACGAUUCGAUGUGCUUGGCCGCCGAAGGACUGAACCAAGCGGUGGAGUUCCGCAUCUCAGGAGUCGACGCCAUCAUAGGAGACGGCUGUGACAUAAUUUGUGAACCGGCUGCCAUUUUAGCGGCGUCCUGGAAUCUGCCCAUGAUCUCCUGGGGCUGCGAGUCAAGCAAGUUGUCAGAAAAGAGCAUCUACCAAACGUUCGCGAGAACGGUGGGGUCAUUUUCCAAGAUGGGCGGCCUGUUUAUGUCUGUUUUGGGUUACUUCAAGUGGAAAAGUAUCGGGAUCAUUGCGUCCACGGAGAGCAUAUGGCAGCUGGCUAUGAGUGGGUUGAUGAAAGUCUUUUUGGAGAAUGAUGUUGAUAUCCGCUACAUUCAUACGCUGAAUCCGGGACAUGUGUUGGUCACAGAGCGAGAGGAGUACAAAAGCAUGUUAGCGCUGGCCAAGGAAACAGCGAGAAUCUUUAUAAUGCUGUGUUACGGCGGUGACAUGCGCGCUUUGAUGCUCUUCGCUCACGAUCUGGGCAUGCUCAAUGGGGAUUAUGCCUUCCUUACUGUCAACCUAUUGCCAUCCGCUGCGAUUGGUAACAACACCUUUAUGGGGAAUGACGGCAGAGAUGCGGAGGCCGCCCUGGCGUUCAGAGGGAUCUUGAGCAUACACGUGAGAGAACCAACCACGGAUCUUUGGAGAUUGUUCACGAAGAAUGUGAGACAGAAGAUGAAUGACUACCCUUUCCACAUUCAGUUAGAUGACCAAGAACAGGUUGAAGUGUACGCUGGAGCCAUAUAUGAUGCCAUUUACUUGUAUGCCAUUGCACUGAAUGAAACUUUAGCAGCCGGAGGAGACAAGAAAGAUGGACGAGCUAUAGUGCACAGGAUGCUCAACAAAGAGUUUGAAGGUGCCUCAGGAGCAGUGCGAAUCGACGAAUCAGGGGAUCGCGAUCCCGAUUAUUCUCUCAAAUAUUACGUGAACGGAAGUUUUCAGAACAUCGCUGAUUACAAUCACUCCACGGGUGGCUUCAAUUUAAGAGAUGUGAGAGUAAUUUGGGCUGGAGGUCGUACAAACCCACCUCUUGACAAACCAAAGUGUGGAUGGGAGAAUGAGCUGUGUAUAGAACAAGACAGACAAGCCACUAUACACUUGGUCAAGGUCGUGAUAGGAGCAUCCACCGCUGGUGUGUUUGUGUUAGCAUUUAUGUUUUUCCUCAUCAUCAGGAAACUCCGGUAUGAGACAGACUUGGCACAGAACGAGUCUUGGAAGCUUCGUUAUGAAGAUCUGCACAUUCAGGACCCUAGCGGAACGGAACCAGAAGUUCAAUCGCAACAGGGACUUCCGAUUUUCAAGAGAGAGAAGAGGGCACCAUUAUCAGCUCGUCAAAUUGCACAUACUGGAGGCAUUCAUGGCUUGAGCAUAGACUCAAUCAAAGCAAAUACUUUCUCCAGUCCACUGAGUCAAGACGAGCAACCAUCAGGGACCUCCAACUCACAGUGUGCAGCAAACACCGAACAAAUAUUCACCACCAUUGGCAACUACCAAGGUCGAACUGUAGCAAUCAAACGCUUGAACAAGAAAAGCGUGCAUUUGACCAGAGAAGUUCUUAUACAGCUCAAACAGGUGCGAGACAUUAGCCACGAAAACCUGAAUCCGUUCAUCGGAGCAUGCAUCGAGUCGCCCAACAUUUUGAUGGUUUGGUCGUACUGCAAGAAGGGGAGCUUACAGGACGUUUUGGCCAACGACGAGUACAAGAUUGAUUAUGGUUUCAAAUUGUCUAUGGCGAUUGAUAUAGCGGCGGGAAUGAAAUAUCUCCAUAACACUGCUGUUAAAUUCCAUGGCAACCUGACCUCCACUCGAUGUGUGAUUGACAGUCACUGGGUCGUCAAGAUCACUGACUGGGGUUUACACGAAUUCAAGGCCGGACAGGAGAACACCAAGAAACAUCCGAACAAGAUGUAUGCUGUAACGCUUUAUAUAUCUGUCUUUAGUUUGGUAGCGGACCAGUUAAAAACUCAUAACUCUGUGCAGGCCGAGGGUUUUGAAGAAGUCACCAUCUUCUUUAGUGACAUUGUUGGAUUCACAAAGCUGGCGUCAGUUAGUACUCCACUGGAGAUUGUGGACUUUUUAAACGAUUUAUACGUAUCAUUUGAUGAAAUCAUCAGUCGUUUUGAUGUUUACAAGGUGGAGACUGUCGGUGAUGCAUACGUGGUUGUCAGCGGUUGUCCCAAGUUGAACGGGAUCAAACACACGAGUGAGAUCGCGAGCAUGGCUCUGGAACUCCUCAGUCACAUGGUUGUAUUUCGCGUGAGUCAUCUUCCCGACCAUCAGCUGCAGCUGCGCAUUGGCAUCAACACGGGUCCCGUGGUAGCAGCGGUUGUUGGAGUGACCAUGCCUCGCUUCUGUCUUUAUGGCCAUGCUGUCAACAUCGCUUCCAAAAUGGAGAGCACCUCCUUGCGUAAGUAUUCACCGUGUAACUGAUCCUAAGAACGCACUCAUGCAUGUAUAGAACACGCUUAGU